UAUGACACGAUCGUUCAUUUCAAGUUACCCCGCCGCGGUUCCACCUCGGCAUCCAACUCGUAGCUCUAUUACUUGAACUCUCAUGCAACAUAUACUACCUUGAAACCAUGGACAUUCUGAGGCGGAGGUGCCUUUCUUGCACUGCAAAUCGCUUGUCUCUAACUGGUUCUGCCUCAGUGAAGAGACUUGUCCGCGCGCCAUUACGCUCUGCACGUCGGGAACAAUCAUCAAGUGGAUCUACCAAGAAACCCUUGCGACGCAAAGUCAAUCCAUGGGUUGCAUAUCCUACGACCUUUCUAUUGCUUGGUGGUGCUGGGGUACUAGCUUAUGAAACAUGGCGGCCAUUCCGGCAUACAGUUUCGGCUGUCGUCCGAUGUUUGAGGGUUGCAGAGGCUGCUGUCCUUGGAGCGAUUGACUACAAAAAGACUCUAGCACAAGACUAUCCCUCUGAAGACGACAAACAACAUGCAUAUUCGGCAUGUCACAAGCGGAGUGCACUCAGAGUGCUGAAGGCUCUCUUGGCAAACGGAGGAAUAUUCAUCAAACUUGGACAACACAUAUCUUCACUUGUAGUAUUACCGGUGGAAUGGACGAGUACCAUGAGACCACUACAGGAUCAGUGUGAACCUACAGAAUAUGAGGACCUGGAAAACCUUUUCUUGUCAGACAUGGGUAUGAGGAUAGAGGAUAUUUUCGAUGAAUUCGAUCCCAGACCUGUUGGCGUCGCUAGCCUAGCACAAGUUCACGUUGGUCGUCUGAAACAAUCCGGACAAUUAGUUGCUGUUAAGCUACAACACCCACAUCUAGCAGAAUUUUGCGACAUCGAUAUGGAGAUGGUUGAAGUGUCACUUGGCUGGAUUAAGCAUUUGUUCCCGGAUUUCGAGUUCACCUGGCUAGGAGAUGAAAUGCGAGAAAACCUGCCGAAAGAGAUGGACUUCGUACACGAAGCGCGAAAUGCAGAACGAGCCGUCGAUGACUUCAAGGACAUCACGACUUCUCUCUAUAUUCCGAAGGUGAUCCAGGCGAAGAAAAGGGUUCUUAUAAUGGAAUAUAUCCAAGGGGGCAGAGUAGACGACUUGAAGUACCUGGCAGACCACGACAUCGACCGUAACAAAGUAUCCUUGGAAAUUGCAAGGAUAUUCUCUCAAAUGGUUCAUCUGAAUGGCUGGUUCCACGCUGAUCCCCAUCCCGGCAAUCUUCUCAUUCGACCUGCGCCUCCUACUUCACAGUCACCAUAUAACUUCGAGAUCGCACUUUUAGAUCACGGUCUUUACUUUGACCUCGAUGACGAACUCAGGAUAAACUACAGCAAGUUCUUAUUGUCCCUUAUGAAACCUUCUUCUGCGGCUACAAAUGGUGAGCGAAGGAAGUACGCGAAGCUUGUGGGCAAUGUAGACGAUGAUCUGUAUCCCGUGUUCGAGGCUGCAAUCACCGGUCGGGCGGCGUUAAAAGGUUCUUGGGACGAAUUCUUCGAUGAGUCAAAUCCGAGUUUCCAACGACCCGGUAGUAUCGUCGAUCUCAAUGGGCCUAGUGAAAAGGAGAUGGAAAUUAUACGAAACGCGGUCAUCCAACAUGAGGGGCUGCUCGUCUCCGUGUUCGAUGUAUUACGACGGGUUCCAAGACGAGUGUUGAUGGUACUGAAGUUGAACGACUUAACACGGAAUUUGGAUCAUGCUCUUGCGACCACUCAUUCGAAAAUACGAGUAUUCCUCAUCACCGCCAAGUAUUGCACUCGAGCAAUCUGGCAGGACGAUAAACGUCGACUCAGCGCGGAAAUGUACCAGAGAGGUCUUCUUGGCGUCCUCUAUGACUACUUCACGAGUUGGUGGCGGUUCGAAACUUCAUAUCGGGGGCUGAUCCUUACGGAGACUGUGUUAGAUAUGCAAGCUAGUCUCGUGAAAUGGAAAGCGUGGAUGCGAGGUCUUCUUGUUCAAGGUGGAUUGCGAGGUGCACAUGACGCAGCUGCGGGGCUUGCAUGACGGCGCUGUGACUUGGGACAUACGUAGUAGAGCAACCAGAUAGAAAUACAAUAGAGCACUUCGUAAUGAAACAAGAACACAGACCUGAACACCUAGUGUCGGAGCUAAUGCGUAGAAGAAGCCGUCACUUCUUCUUUGCAAACAACGAAUCGAUUGUAUGGGCAUUUUGCUUCAACGCCUCCCA